UAAUGGCAAUAUUAAGAAUAAAAGAAUAAGAAGUGUAUUACUCUUAUCUAUAUAUUGUGGUGUCAUAUAUAGUGAUCAAAUAUCUUUUGGAACAAUUCAUCAAUCUCAGACAAUUAGAUUAAUUGUCAGUGAAACAGAUGCCAAUUCAUAUUGAAUAGACAUUGGGGAUCACACAAAAAUAAUUUAAGAGAAGUUAACGAUUUUAUUAUGAUAAACUGUAAAAUUGAUUUUAUAUAGCAUAGGUCUUUUGAAAUGUACACAAAAUCAAUAAAAACAGCAAUUGAGAUUAUUGUGAUAUUAUGUGGUGUGAUGCCAUUUAUAUGGGAAAGGACUGUGACUUUCUUUAAAAUGGAUCCAAAUUCAGAAGUAAUUCUAAUUUGAUUAUAGUUUCAAAGAGGAUUAGCAUAUAUCUUUGUGGAAUUUAUACGCCUCAAAUUAAUUGAUGUUCCUAAUAAUUUUUAUAACACUCAUGUAAUAGAGAAAAGAUAUGAUCUAAGUCAAAUAUCAUUUGCUCUUUAAUUCAGUGAUCUUGUAAUUGAAUCAGCAUUGUGGGUGGUCUUUGUACCAAUACUCCUCUAUUCCUAUUUAUAUGUGGCUGAACUUGGAGGAGAUUACUUUUUCAUAGCGGUAUAUUCCACUACACAACAUAUAGAUGCAAUUCUUUGUAUUGUUCAUGGCAAUAGUGUCCAGUCUAGUCUAUCCUAAUUAUAUUCAACCUCUAUUCAACGAAUUUGAAGAACUCAAAGAAACUUAACUUAAAUAAGCCAUUAGUCAAUUAGCAUUAAGAAUGAAUUUCCCUUUAGAAAAGAUACUUGUCAUGGAUGGAUCCAAGAGAUCAGAUCAUUCAAAUGCUUACUUUUUUGGAAUGUAUAGUAAAAGAAUAGUACUCUAUGACACUCUAAUUAAUAAUCUAACAAAUGAAGAAAUAGUAGCUGUAGUAGCACAUGAAUUAGGACAUUGGAAAUAUAAGCAUCCCUAUAUCAAAUUAUUAUUCUUUUGUAUUAAAAGUAAAUAUUCAAAAUAUAUUUAAUAAUAGUUCUAAUUACUUUUUACAUAUUUGGUUUCUAUAGAGAUUCAGAUGUAGUAUUUUUGAGUUUUGGUUUUAAUGAGAAAUCCAUCUUCAUAGGCUCUGCAUUGUUUUUUUCUCUCUUUGAACCCAUGAAUACAUUGUUUCAAAUAUUUGAACUUCAUUUAUCCCGUUUCUUUGAAUAUUAGGCAGAUAUCUUUGCUAGUCAUCAUGGUCUUGGUAUCUAUUUGAUGAGUGGAUUGAUUAAGCUCUUUAAAUAGAAUUCAACGAAUUUAAUGAUAGAUCCAAUCUAUCAAUGGUACUAUAACAGUCAUCCUUCAUUAUUUGAGCGAUUAAAAUACUUAAAUAAAUUGAGAUGA